AAAAAAAUGUCAAACGGAUGUCAAUGUUUUGGGUCGGAUUGGAGGGAAAGAACUACGAUUUAGAAGUGGAUAUUUUUAUUAGAAUUUUGUUAAACUGUUAUCAUCAUGAGACGACGAGAUGAAAAUUUUCCUGAUAACGGAUUUGAAGCGUGGGGUGGUUACAUGAAUGCAAAAAUUGCAAAACUCGAAGACCAGUUCACUUCCAGUGCCGCCAAAGAAGAAAAUCAGUUGUCCAAUAUUUUCAGUGGCGUAAGUAUUUACGUCAAUGGCUACACCAUACCUUCUGCAGAUGAACUUAAAACUCUUAUGGCUCGGCACGGUGGUGUUUAUCACACGUAUCAAAGGAGUGAUGACUAUAUAAUAGCUUCUAAUCUCCCCGAUACUAAAGUAAAGAAAAUGUCAUUAGCUAAAGUUGUUAAACCUGAAUGGAUUACGGAUAGUAUAGCUUCAAACAGACUUUUAGAUUAUAGAGAGUAUUUAUUGUAUAGAAACUCGAGGGGACAAUCAACUUUAAAUUUUAAAAUCGGAAGUGAUAUUUCAGUAGAUGUAGAAACAAAUAAAGUUUCAGAUGAUGAUGUUGUGCCAACUGAUAAGGAAGUUUUUAAAUCUGAACAAAUUAUUUUGAAAAGUAUUUUCAAUACAUGUAUAUCACCCAAACAAGAAGAGAAUCAUGUUGCUGAUGAUAUAACAGAACCAAAUAUCUCAAAAGAUACAUUUGAACAGAAAACUGUCAUUCACAAUGAGACCAAAAAAGAUCAGACUACAAAAACUGCAGCUGAUCCAAAUUUUAUAUCUGAAUUCUACAAUAAUUCUCGACUGCAUCACAUUUCACAGCUUGGUGCUUGUUUCAAACAGCAUGUUAACGAUUUACGAGAAAACAGUAAUUUUCAGUACCCGGCUCGUAAACAACUUAAAGAUAAAAUCCUGCCAUUAAAUAGUGCCACAAAUUUGUCACCAUUAUCAUUUGAAAGAGGAAAGACCAUAAUGCAUAUUGAUAUGGAUUGCUUUUUUGUUUCUGUGGGUUUGAGAAAAAGGCCCGAUUUACGAGGUAAGCCUGUUGCUGUGACACAUUCAAAGGGUGGCCAGGGACGCCCCAAAAGACCUGGUGUAGACAGAAAUACUGAAUUCAAUUUAUACAGACAUAAACAAGCCCAAAAGAUAGGGAAAGCUACUGGCAGACCUGAAGAUGAAGUUGAGUUUGAGAGUAGAGUAGACAAUAUUACUGAUGAAGAUGACAAAUAUGGGUCAAUGAGCGAAAUAGCUUCCUGCUCUUAUGAGGCGAGAGCCAAAGGGCUAAGCAAUGGAAUGUUUAUGGGUGCAGCCUUAAGAUUAUGUCCUGACUUGAUUACAAUUCCAUAUGACUUUGAAGGAUAUAAAGAAGUUGCAUACACAUUAUAUAAUACAAUAGCACAAUAUACCUUAGACAUUGAAGCUGUAUCAUGUGAUGAAAUGUAUGUCGAUUGCACGGACCUCCUAAAAGAUAUGGAUGUAUGUGUUCAAGAUUUUGCUACAGUGCUGAGAAAUGAAAUCAAAGACAAAACUGGAUGUCCCUGUUCAACUGGAUUUGGUGGUAAUAGGCUGCAAGCAAGGCUAGCAACCAAACGAGCCAAACCUGAUGGACAAUUUUUCUUAACGGCAGACCUUGUGGAGGACUUUAUGUAUGACAUUAAACUAAAAGAUUUGCCGGGUGUAGGAAGACAAACAGCUCAAAAAUUGGAGUCCUUAGGUCAUCAAACUUGUGGGUCUCUACAAAGUUUGACACUGGCAAGUCUUAAAUGUAAUUUAGGUAUUAAAACUGGUGCUCAACUGUUUGAUCAAUGUCGUGGACGUGACCCAAAUCCUUUAACAUACCAUACUGUAAGGAAAUCUGUAUCAGCAGAAGUGAAUUAUGGCAUUCGAUUCGAAAAUAAUGAGCAGUGUGAAGAAUUUUUAAAACAGUUAUCUAUUGAAGUCCAUUCCAGAAUGCAACAGUUUAAAGUAGUAGGAAAAUGCAUUACUUUAAAACUAAUGGUUAGAGCUGCAGAAGCACCAGUGGAAACUGCAAAAUUUAUGGGCCAUGGCUUCUGUGAUGUUAUCAAUAAAUCUGUUUCAUUGAUCAAUGCUACAAAUGAUGCUGAAGUUAUUACAAAGGAAGUUAUAACCAUCUGCCGAAAACAAAAUAUAGACCCUAAAGAAAUGAGAGGUGUGGGAAUACAAGUCACCAAAUUAGAAUCUACAACAUGUAAGCAAACUAUAGGAGCCAUUAGUAAGUUUUUAAGUGUAAAAAAACCUAUUAAACAUGAAUAUAAAAUUGAAACUACAAAUGAAAAUGUUCUAUCUGAGGAAACUUUAAAACAACAAGAUAAAUCCGAAGAUAGUAUAAGACAAAAGCUACCAACCACUCCUAAAAAAUUGAAACUCGUUUCUCCAAAGAAGUCUCCAGUAGUUGGAUCAAUUAAAUCGCCAAUCGCUAGAAAGCGCGGUCGACCUCCUAAAUAUUCCAAGCCGCCGCUACCUAUAUCAAAUAAUAUAAUGAGUAAGUUUCUUCAAGGGCAAACCCUUGCAAAAGAUACACCUUACAGAGAUCCAAUGAUAAAGGAGAAUAAGUUAGUACCUGUACAACAACUGAUAAAACAGGAGAAGCCAUUACCAAUAGAAUACGAUAAGCCUUCGGGUCUAUUAGGACUUCCAUGGGAAAAAGUUCGAGAAUUACUAAGGGCUUGGCUGGAAAGUGGCCAGACUCCAGUGCAAUAUGAUAUUGAUAUGAUUGCCAAUUAUAUGCGUGAAAUGGUUGUAAAUAAAAAUAUACAUGAACUACUUAUAUUACUCAGAUUUCUUAGAAGGAGAACUCAGGAGAUAAAUAGUAAUAAUUGGAUACUUGUAUUUGAGCAUGUUGUAGAACAGGUUCAGAAUGCUAUGAUUGCUGUUUAUGGUAAGAAACUUUGUAUUGAAGCAUAGAAUAAACAAAACUACAUGUACUGUUGACGACAGGUCGACAUGGCAAUCGGGGCAUGAGGUGAGCCGCGGAGGCGGGGUCGCCCCGCACAUCCGCACAGUCCCCGCGGCGUCUUAGUCUUAGUGUCGCACGAGUCCGUAUCGACCGCGUUUAUCGAUUAUUAUUGUGUUUUAAAAACCAAAAUGGCUACGGUUGCAUCUUGAUGAUUUUGAUCGUACAGUGAUUCACAACACCAUAACAGAAUUUUAUUUACAAAAGAAGAUCGUUCCGACAUGUCCUAAGUUACACGUUGCUUUACGUGAAAAAAUACCUUUUCCUUGGGGUAUUCGUACAUUACAUUGUAGCGAUACGUUAGAUGAUUCAGAUGAAUAAAUAUUAACUUAAAUGAAAACGUGGUAUUAUUUUAUUCACAUUUUGUUACAUACUUACAUAAUAAAAAUAUAUCGAUAUUGAAAACGUCACGUCACUAGAGAAUUACCAUGUCGACCUGUCGUCUACUUUAUACACAUACUUAUACGUGUGCCUCUCGCCAAUACGAAUUUGGAGCGAUUACUCUAUGCCAGGCGAAGGGAGUGCGUGCUGAUUGUCUAUCUCGCUCGCAUGCACAAGAUAAGGCGGCACACGGUAAGAACAAGAUUGUUGUAUGGCGUCUCCGGGCUGUGUUUGACGAAUAACGCUCGAAAUAAAAAAAAAAUGCUACCAACACAUAAUAAAAGAAUUUUUGAUACACAUAAGUCAUUUAUUUUUGUAUGUUUCUAGUUUCUAGGAAGAAAAAUAAUUUCACAUUGAUAUUUCUGAUUCUUAUUGCAUUGUAUCACUUUCUACGAAUUUAGAUAAUUAGAUAUUAAAGUGCCUAUUUUAUGUACUAUUUGGCAGCAUUAGGAUCACAGUAACAUGUGUUUCAAUUUGCUGCAGCAAACCCACAAAGCAAAAAUGACCUAUUUCAUGUAAGUUUCGUUCAGCAUUCUGUAUAUUAUUUAUUACAUAUAAUUAUCAGAUACACAAGUACAUAGUAUAUUUAAGAUUUCCAAAAUGGCAGUUAGUAUCACUUUAUGUUUAGAUAAGCACUUUACAACAUCUAAUUGUUGGUAAAAAAAUAUACUUAGAUGUUGUUUACAAUUAUAUUCUUGCUAAACAAGUAGACAGGUAGUUGUAAAAAUUAUACCGCACAUGAUACAUAAUGUAGAUCCCAUAUCGUUUAUAAACUAUAAUUUAUUAUCACAGAUGCUUUUCGCAAAUAAAAUAUAAUAUGAAGCUGACUCAGGUCCUGUAAGUAGCAUGCAUUAGUUUUAAAGCUAUCAACGUAAUGUAAUAAAAAAAAAACAUGAUCUUGCCAGACAAAUAAUUUCAAUUCAUUAUUGUGUGACUACUCUUACAACUAAAUGCUUUGUGACAACCAUU